AUGGCUUCGCGAACAUUCAUGCCUCUGCGGAGGUCAAUUGCUCAGCUCUCGGCUCGGAUGGGUCGCGUUACAGGUCAGAAUGCGGGGAGGUCUCUGCGUGGAUAUGCUACGGAGAAAUCUUCGCGACAGAAGCAGCAGUUUACGGUUUGGAGACCGUAUCUGCGGUUGGCGGUUGGGGUUCCGUUUAUUGGAAUGAUUAUCUAUUCGAUGGCCACCGGCGAGAUCACCGACCUCGACGCCCCGUCGAUCGCCGAGCUCGACGCAGCUCUUAAACAAUCCUCCGAAAUCACCGAGUCUUCCCCUAUGCGCCUCCGCAUGGAGAAAUUAAUUAAAGACCACCAACAAAAGAUCAUCGCCGAGCUCGCCAGGAUAGACGGCAAGGAAUUCAAGCAAGACAGCUGGACUCGACCCAACGGCGGUGGCGGAAUCUCAUGCGUCCUGCAAGACGGCAAUGUCUUUGAAAAAGCCGGCGUCAACGUCUCGGUCGUAUAUGGCGAAUUACCUCGCCCUGCGAUCGAGAAGAUGCGCGCCGACCACAAGUCCUUCGUUGGCGCGGACGUGGACUCGCUGAGCUUCUUCGCGGCGGGUCUCUCGCUUGUUCUGCACCCGCAUAACCCCAUGGCGCCAACUGUGCACUUGAACUACCGAUACUUCGAGACGUCUGAUCCCAAGGAUCCCUUGAACGGCGACAAGAACUGGUGGUUCGGCGGUGGUACCGACCUGACACCCUCGUAUCUCUUCCCAGAAGACGCGCAACACUUCCAUAAAACGAUCAAAGAUACCUGCGACCGCCACGACCCAACCUACUACCCCAAAUUCAAAGCCUGGUGCGACAAGUACUUCUUCAUCCCCCACCGCGGCGAAUGCCGCGGCGUCGGCGGCAUCUUCUUCGACGACCUAGACGCCAAUUUCCUCCAAAGCUCAUCGAGCUCGUCUUCCAACCCGCAAGAAACUCUCUUCUCAUUCGUCUCUGACGGUCUCGCAUCCUUCCUCCCAUCCUAUGUCCCCAUCAUCGAAAAGCGCAAAGACAUGCUGUACACCCCGGAGCAGAAACAAUGGCAACAGCUACGUCGCGGCCGCUACGUCGAGUUCAACCUUGUGUACGAUCGCGGCACGAGUUUCGGGCUGAGGACGCCGAAUGCGCGCGUCGAAAGUAUCCUGAUGAGUUUGCCCCGGACAGCGAGCUGGGCGUACAUGGAUCCUGUCUCGGGGACGAGGACGGAGAGUAUGCUCGUUGAUGAGGAGGAUUUGGGCGAGGAUAAGGUGAAGGAGAAGGAGAUCAUGGAUGUGUUGAAGCACCCUCGUCAGUGGGCUUGA